CGGACGGGAACUGGUGUUUUCGCCUAGGUGUGGCCGUAGAUUACCAUAUACCCUCAAUAUGGUAAUUUACAUUGGCUUUAACAGAAAUCGUUGUUUCCUCCCAGUAUGUGCUCGUCCCAGUCCGCAUCAUUCAAAUUAAUAUGAUAUUUAGCUAACUUGCAAGUCUUUCUUCCAUCUUCACUGCAGUUGCAGCUCUAAGCAAGUAAAAGGGAAAAACUAAUAGCUUAGAUCCAGUAUUCCCCAUAUACGACUCAGAUGUCCUUUGUCAUUGUGUUCGGCAGGUUCCUCGAUGGUCUCCAAUGUACUUAAAAUAUAAAUUGGGAAGAAUACAAAGACACCUCAAUUUAGUAAGUAAACAUUCAACUUCAUAACCGAUGCUUAAAUGCUGCUUGUGUUACUUUGUUAUCUGCAAACGCUUUGUGCUACACCCUACCGUUCUUGACCUUUACCUCAUUAACAAUUCCUUUGUUUAAAAAAUAAGGACUUAAAGGAAAUCCGAGUUCAUAAUAAUUCGGUUUUCUAAGAUUUUCAGUUAACGUCAUUUUCAAUUGAAGGCCGUCGUCAAUUUUUUUGUUAAAGUGAAGCCGACAACGAAAAACAAUCUGAGCUUUCAGACGCAGCCAAAUAGGAAACGCUCCUUUGAUCAAGAGCCAGAAAAUCGCUCAACACGUCGUAAGAUGGAGUUGACAAAAACAUGGGAGCAAGAAAUUGUUCGUCUUAUCCUUCAAUUCUUAAAUGAUUACGGUUAUGGAGAUACUUUAAAAUGCCUGGAAAACGAAAGUGGGCUUGUUUACGAGGCGGAAAACGUUAAAUCGUUUCAAAAAGCCGUUGCUUCCGGUGACUGGCAAACUGCUGAGAGUUGCUUUGCUUCUAUGAAGCUCAGAGACGAAAGCAAAAGAAACGAAGCCCUUUUUCUUUUGCAAAAACAAAAAUGCUUAGAACUAGCUGAGAAGGGAUCGCUUUGUGAGGCAGUCUUUGUUCUACAAACAACCGAUAAUACGUAUUUUAAUCAAAGCAAAGAGGAGUUGAUCUCUCAAAUCAUGUUUUCAAGAAAAAGUAUUGCAGAGCCUGCAUCUGGCAUUAAAGACAAUCGUCCUGCUUUAUUAAAUGAGCUAUCUUUCUACAUCAGCCCCGACAUUAUGAUGCCAAAGAAUCGGCUCUUAGAUCUUUUAAAUCAAGCAAAAAGUUGUCAGGUUUCUUCUCAAUGCUAUCAUAAUGUUUUGAAAAACUUCACCUUUCUGUCAGAUUACCAUGCUGAACCUAGUGAAAUUCCAACAAAGGAAAUCCAUUGUUUCGAUGACCACACGAGUGAAGUUUGGCAGAUUUCCUACUCAAAUAGCGGCAAAUACUUGGCGUCUGCAUCGCAAGAUAAAUCAGCUAUAAUCUUUGACUUAGUUAAUAUGAAGAUGCUACACAGAUUAAUUGGACAUAGCAAAGAAGUCGCUUAUGUGAAAUGGUCUCCCGAUGACCGUUAUUUACUUACUUGCUCUAACGACUACUCGGUAAUUCUUUGGGAUGCGUUUACUGGUGAAAAGAUCCGGCAUCUAAAAGAGCAUACCUACUUUGUGAGCUGUUGUUGCUGGCUACCUGACGGGUUAUCUUUCAUUACAGGGUCUCCUGACAUGACAAUUAUUCAUUGGUCGCUAACCGGAGAGGUCUUGCACAAAUGGAAAGAUGUUAAUAUUUACGAUAUGGCAAUUAGUAACGACGGGUCGAAGUUGUAUGCAGUUGGGUACCAAAAGCAACUUGAAAGUGAAGAUAAACAUAUUGCCGUUUAUUCCAUAUCUACAAGAGAAUGCCUGAAAAAAAUCUAUCUCGAAUCAAAGGUGACUUCAAUCUCGCUAUCAAAAGACUCUCGUUAUGCACUGACAAAUAUUGAGCCUCACACAAUAUUGCUGUGGGAUAUACAAGAAUAUCGUAUUAUUCGGCAAUACAUGGGUCAUAAACUGGGGAACUGGUUGAUCGGCUCUUGUUUUGGUGGUCAAGACAAUACGUUUGUUUUAAGUGGUAGCCAAGACGAGUUUAUUCGAAUAUGGCAUCGUGACUCCGGAAAAUUACUUACUACUUUACCCGGGCACUCGAAAUGCGUUAACUACAUUGCUUACAAUCCUGUGGACCCCUAUCAAUUUGCUUCAGCUAGUGAUGAUAGCACUAUUCGUAUAUGGUCAAACAAAGACCGUCAAUAAGGAAGUGCAUUUUUAUGAAAAAGAAAAAAAGUUCUUCAUUUCGUUAUGAACGUGAAUGAUUAUUAUCUUUUGAAUGUCUCCAUUAUAUAUGAUUGAAUGAAUAAAAUGUUUUGUCUAAUUUGGUAAAAAAAAAAAAAAAAAAGAAUUGUCAUAAAAGUAUGUAUAGUCAUCAUAAACUAGGUUCCGUAACAUUCAUCAUUU